ACCAGAGGUCGGCGGCGACGAGGUCCAACAGAGAAGGGCGAGGUGCGGCAGAGGAGACGAGGGGUGGGCUGUUGCUGGCGAAGAGGAGAACGUGCGAGGGACAUGUGGGCUAGCGCGGUCUUGCUGGGCUUGGCCCAUGUGCACGCCGAAGAGGAGCGGAAUGCUCGACGAAAGGCGGACGAAGGAGGACCGACGUAAGACGGGAAACGGAACCUUACUGUUCUUUUAGGUAGUAUAAGUAAGUGGAGAUAGAGAUAGAGAUGAAGAUACUAUUACUUGACAGAAACACUACGUAGGAAGCAGGCAAUCGGGAUGUUUUAGAAGUCUGAAAUUAAAAAGAAAAAACACGACACAAUAGAGUACCGUGCGGGCCACAGCGACCCAAAAUAAAGAAGAAGAAAUGGAAGCAAAUCCCGUCAACCUUCGGCAGGCACCCUUUCCCAUCAAGUCGCCGCCACGUGCUCACUGCCGCAACAACUCCCGGCUCCACCUCCGGCCGAGUCGCCCACUCAAAAACCAAUCCCACCACCGCCUCCGCGUCCAGCGCGCUUACCAGAUGCCACUCUCCUGCUUCGCCAGCGGCCGGGCCGACUCCUCCGCCGCCAAGGCCUCCUCGGCGACGUCCGUCUACUGGACGCACCUCGGCGCGAUCAACCUGUCUUGGUCCCGCGCCGCGCUGGGCCUCGUCCUCACCGUCGACAUCGGCCUCGCCGGCGGCGCCGCGCCCACGCGGUUUGUCCUCCUGCCGCUGCUCCCGUGGCGGCGGCGCGGAUCCAAGCGAUUCUCCGGCGCGUCCGGACAUUCCGUCGCCUUCUCGUGGGACCUCUCGCGCGCCCGCCUCGCGCCGCGCCGGCCCGAGCCGCUGUCCGGGUACUUCGUGCUCGUGUCGAUCGACGGCGAGCUCGCCCUGGCCGCUGGCGACCUCCAGUCGUCCUUGCCUUCGCCGGCGGCGUCGGCUGGACUCCUCCUCUCGCGCCGCGAGAACGCCUACCCCCCAGGAUGCGGCGGCGCGUACACCACCACCGUGGCCGUCGCUGGCGAGGAGCACGAGGUGUCCGUCGCCGUGGAGGAGGCGGCCAUGUGGGUGGCCCUGGACGGCAAGAGGGCCCUCCAGGUCCGGCGCCUCCCGUGGAAGUUCCGCGGCAGCGAGAGGCUCGACCUCCCGCACGGCGGCCGCGCCGUCCGCGUCACGUGGGACCUCCACGGCUGGCUCUUCGCCCCGGACGCCGCCGCCGUCUUCGUCCUCCGUUUCGACACUGACGAGGCGAACCCGGUGGACGACGACGACAUGGAGGAUGGAGACGUCGGCAUGCACGCGUUAAGGCAGAACUCCUUCCGGAGCCGCCAUGCCGACAGCAGCGGCGAGAGCGAUAUGAGGGGAUCUUGGAGGCGCGGGCCGUUCAGGUCGGGCUCGGACUCGUCCCCGACGGUGUCCGUGGCGUCGACGUCCGCGGCGUCGUCGUCGGCCGGCAGCGUGGCGACGGUGACCGAGUGGGUCACGGCGGAAGAGGCCGAGCUGCGGGACGGCGGCGGCGGGUUCUCUCUGAUAAUCUACCUCUGGAAGAAGCGGAGGCCGCGGUGAUGCCUUCACGGCGUCCGUGCCUUAGCUCCGUCGCAGUUGCAUUGGAUUGCACGCACGAACUCAUGCCUCGUGCAUGCAGAAUUGUUGAUGUGAUUUCUUUCCUUGUCGCCAUGGUCGGAUGAGAACUUCUGGAAUGCAAUUUUGGCCAAUUCGUCAUUUAUUAUUUUUUAAAGGAAGGUCAAAGAUUUGUUUCAUCCAUUAGUUAAAAAGAUAAUUGUCCGGUUAGUUAACAGAAGGACGCCGAUAACGUCCACACGCGUGGGUGUUAAGGGGUUUGCCCACAUAUUUUGUACGGUAUCUAAGAGGACCAGCCCACACGUCUACGUGUGAGCAAAACAACUAGCGCCCACACGCUUCUUUUUUUCCCUUGCAGUCCCUCUCUCACACGCCUACAUGUGGGCAAAACAAUUAGCGCCCACACGACCUCUCUCAGCCACCUACCUUACGGUCCCGCACGCCCAGCGUGACAGUCACCACGCGUCCCCGUAGUUG